AUGCGGGACAGCACGGAAGCCACGUUGCAUAGCAUCUGCGAGCCGGACCCAGAGGCACCUCACGUGGCAGGGGGUUUCACUCCUUUCAGCAUCAGUGGGGUGCGGCCUUCAAACGACCCGCUUGAGGGUAUCGACUGCCCUUGGAAGUUCAGGAACGGGUUGUCUGAGCUGAAGCCGGCCGUACGAGCUGCGGCCUCCGAGGGUGCAACUUUUCGCAAGGCGCCUGCUCAAGGGUCAAACACGCCUCUCUUGGCGGAGGUAUUUGUGGCCAUGCGUCAGAGGUUGCCGGCAAACGUGGGGACCCCGAUCGACCUUGCGACGGAAUCCGCGAUUUGCGCCGACCCUAAGACUUGUGCGGUCUGGAUGGUCGCGCGUCGACCGUGGAUGGACGGGGUGCUGAAGGGGGGCCCUGUGGCGCCCACGGGUUGGUGCCCGACCCAUUUCAAGCCAUACACGGCCCUCCUGCACGCCCUCCUGAUACCCCGCUACAGGUGGGUGUUUGGCAACAUCUUGACGCUAAAGCUGCUUCGACACCUGUUGCUCGAGGGGCCAGUUGACGAGCGAGGACUUGCUUACCUCGCCAACAAUGGGCCGAUUCUAGCAGCCAUUCUCCGGCUGCACGCAAUUGGUGAAGUGCAAACGGGUCCUCGACUGUACGCCUUUGCAGCAGCACUGCGUCCGCUCCUUCGGGACAUCUACGCGACCAACCUCCUCUGCUUGGAACCGAGUGCCAACUGCCCUAGCGCCUCCGGUCGGUCCCCUCUGUCGACGCUCCUUGAUGCUACGGAGCAUCUGUGGGCCUUGGAGUGUGAGAGGCUUCGGUCUCUGGGCAACUCAGGAGAUCUUAGCAUGGUCUAUGCGGAACAUCGUGGAAUUGCGCUCAAGAGGGCCGCCAACGCUCUUCUCUUCGAGCUUGAGGUCAUAACUAUGGAUACCCUACGAAAGGUCUUAGCUGAUGGGAUCAGAACCGAAAGUUCCACUGAGCAGUAUCUCAAGGGGAUUCAGCUUCUAUGGAACAUGAUGUUCCAGGAUAAGAUGCCCGAAGACCCCUCGUGGAUAAAGACCAAGGCUCAGAAGAUCGUCGCAGCUGUUCUAGAGCGCUAUGAUAACCCUGGAUCCAGGCGUACUCGUUUGGCCCCUUUUCUUGCUAUUUGCCGCAAACUCGGUUAUGUGGAGGCUUAUCAAACUUAUUAUGAGCCGUUUCGGAAGGAAAACAAGGCCCUAAAGGAGUCCGCUCAACGAAAGAUUGAGACCAAGACCUUGGACGCCAGAUCAGAGAUGACCGUUGAAGAGAUCGAGACAUUCGGAAAGAAGCUCGCUCGCAAGGUCAGACAGUUGAGUCUCGAGGACAUGGAUCGAGAUCUCACUCCUAAGGAGGUGAAGCUCUGUAUGUGGCAUCUCGUCCUCGAAUGGCAUAUGCUCUUGAGUAAGGAGCAUCGUCGUCGGGUAAAAGUGCACGAGCUUCCAAUCAUGCCGAAGGGCCAACAGAUCGAGGGUGCGAGCUAUUUGCUGCAGACCUCACGACGCAAGGGAGAUUACAAACUCGUCUUCAAAGAUGGGGAUCGAAUCCCUCUAUCGAAGAUGCUGAGCAAGUAUCUUCAUCGGACCCUGCGAUUGAUACCUCGAGAUCACUUCUUGACUUCGAUCACUCAGCCGCAGACGGCUAUGUCUGCUAGUAACUGGUCCAUGUUCCUGAGCAAGAUCCAGUACAAUGGAAAGCGCUUCAAUCCAGAUCGACUCUGA